AUGUCAUCUGCUCAGGAUGUCAACCCAAUCCUCCCUCUCGAUCAGCCUGCUACCGCUGAGACCCCUAAUGAGAAAGUACUAUCCCUCGACCUCGAAGAGAACGACUUCCUCUAUCGAAUGCGGAAAAACCAACGAAUUGUCUACGUCUCCGUCUUGGACGGUGACAUCCUCCCCCCUGACUCUUAUGGCAGGACAGACAGCUACCAAAUCCUGUCAAAGCUGCAAAACAUCCCAGAAUGGAACGAGGCCUGGACUACACUCACAGUCCGAAGAAACCCUCAUGGCGUUAUCGAAAGUACUCCGGACGAAUUUCAUCCUCACGGUCUAGAUCUCAAAAGCCUUGACGUUACGUCUACUAGUGUCCCGUUCUACGACUUCACCGAUUUGACCGUUACAUCACGGAUCAGCGAUCGUUUAUCCCGAGUGAAUUUGAAUUAUGGCGAUGGCGAGUCCUUGAUCCUAAAGAUCGCGCGAUUCGCACAUGAAUUCCCAUACGUCCAACGCGAAAUAUCAAUUUUUGAAAUAAUCUUCUUUUAG